GGGCAUCAGGCGCACUCAGCAGAAGCUGUCGGCACCAUAGCUGCGAAUAGAUCUGCAGGUGAUGACGACAGGCACACGAUGCGACGCUCGCUGAUGAGUUUGGACUGUGCUUGGCGUGCAGCAGGCAUGGUGGAGAGCACAGAUCUGCUGUCUGUCAAGGUGAGAGAAAGAGAUGAGACCAUGAUGCGUAUGGAUCCAAUGCACGGGGCUUCCCGGGCUUUUCGCGUGUGCAGUGGAUCUUCCCUCCCACUGCUGCGAAGCUCCUUCGACUCGGUAUGGCCACACAUGUGUGUGAUGAGGGGCGGGUGGAUGGAUGGGAGGGCUGGCGUGGUUGUGUAGCCAUCCGCACGUUGGGUGAGCUCGAGGAUGCGCUCAAGACACAGCCCGACCUGCUCAAUCACUCCGAAAAGGCCAGCACAUGGCAGGAAGGGGAAAGACCAUUCAUGUCUAGGCAUCUGUCUUUCUGCCUGCCUGCCUGCCUGCCUGUGUGUGUGUGUUCAGAUAUGGCUGAAGUAUCACCCCACCACUACCACCACCACCACCACGAGCAUCCAAUGCGCUGUCCUUCUGCAGCACUUCCGAUUGGUCAGCGGCGUUAUCGAGGCCAUGUUCCCCGGUGUAUAUGAGGUGGUGUGUGCGGGCUCCUACCGUCGGAUGAAGGACACCUGCGGGGACGUGGACAUUCUCGUCACACCCAAGGCAAGGCGAGCAAACACAGCUUGGUCGCGUGAUGUGAUUUGUUGUUGAUGUAUACGUGUGUGUGUGUGUGUGUGCAGGACGAUCGUGAGAUCGGCAGUGAGGUGGAGAAGCUCGUCAAUCGGUGCGUCAGAGAGAGAGCGAUAUAUGACGGCAUGUGUGUGUGUGUGUGUGUGUGUGGUGUGUCGACAGGCUGCAAUCUGAUGGGUAUUUGGUGGACGUCAUCGGACAGACGAAAGCCAAUAGGGACGGCACGGUAGGUGCCCGCCCGCCCGCAUCUUUGUGAGGCUGUGUGUGUGGCGCUGUGUGUGUGUGUGUGUGCAGCUAGUCAGCCCGCACGCCGUCUACGGCAUCGGUCGUCUGCCGGGCUAUCCCACACACCGACGCGUCGACAUCAUUGUGAGCCCCCAAUCACACACACACACACACACACACACACACGUGUGCAUCAGUCAAUGGGCUCCUGUGUGUGGUGGUCAGUUCCAGGGUCGCAGCGAGAGGGUGCAUGGCCUGCAGUACUUCACAGGUCGGCACACACACACACGGGGAGAGCACCGCAUCCGUCUGGACUCACCGCAUGACGGACGUGUGUGAAUUCCCUCUGUGCUGUGCUGUGCUGUGCUGUGCUGUGCAGGCUCGGCUGACUUCAAUGACACCCUCCGCAUCUACGCCAGACGACACGUGAGAAACGUCCCGCAGAUGGAUGCGAUGCCGUCUCUGUCUGUGCCCCUCAUGUGUGUCUUCAUCAGGGCUACAAUUUGAUGGAUCAGGGGCUAGCGCGUGUGCUGGAGGACGGACAGGCCAGCACCUCCCCCCCAGCCCUCACAGACACACACACACACACACACAGAGAGAGAGAGAGGGGUGACGUGACACUGUCUCCCAUUACGUAAUGCAGGCUGUGUGCUGCUGGGUAUGGUGUGCAGGAAGUGGCCGUCGACCCGCCGUGUGUGACCGAGGAGGACAUCUUCACCCGACUCGGGCUGCCCUACCGGUGAGCUGUGUGGUGGCCAACUCUCUCUCGUGUGUGCCCAUACCAACCAACCAAUUGGCGGCAGUUCCCCUGCUGACCGUGAAGCUGACGACACCUGGCUGGCCAUCUGCCGACUCACCAAAGGUGCCAACGCCAGCCACCACACGACAGACACGCACAAGACACACCUACAUGCCUGUUUGUCUGCCUGCCUGCAGGCGAUCUCGAUGCCGAGUGGCAGCCGGGGGGCGUGGGUGCUGCUGGUGGUGGCGGUGGCGGUGGUGGUGGUGUGUGGGAUAACGUCUUCACGCAGACGUACACGCCGGGGCGUCGGGCGCACAUCCGAGCGUGGCGCAAGAUGACUGUGGACGAGAAGCUGAGGCGGAUUGAGGAGUACGUCGAGAACAAGGGCGACGAGGGAGCGGCCAACGACGCCUCCGGUGAGCGUAAAAUGGGUUGUGGGCGGUUGUGGGUGAGGCGUGGAUAUGGCCGGUUGCGUAUGUGUGUGUGUGUGUGCAGAUGUGUCGACUGAUGGGUGACUGACGUCUAGAGAUGUAGCUACGUGCCUAUCGCACAGAUGCGGCUCGUGGGUGGGGGCGAGGGGGGGUCUGCCUGCUUGUGUAGAU